AAUAAUAUGAAAUAAUUAGUACUUUUUAACAAAUAUUUUUUUUCCAUAAUCUACUUAAUCAUUGGUAUAUUAUAUUGUUGUAUGAAAUAUUGGACAUUUAUAUCUAAUAAUAAUAUAGACAUAUAGUUAUAUAUAUAUCGAUAGAGUACGACGUAGUUAAUAUAAUGACGAUACUUACUACGAUUGUCGAUUACAUAUACACAUACAGUUUGUACUUCAGUUGUAGAUCUACUACUGCCGGUAAUCAACUUGUGUUUUAUUGUUCUAAUAAUUGUAUACAAAGAUUUUAUAAUUGAUAUCAUUUAAUUUAAAAUGCCAACAAUUUAUUGGUAAUAGUCAUUGUUUUAAAUAAAGUGUUGGAUUGAAAAGUAUCGAGAACUGAAAAGAGAAGGCAAAAAAGUGGCUAUUGGUUGUGAACGUAAAUCACAAGUUUACGCACACUUAUAAUUCAAAAAUGUUGAAUAAUAAAUUACACGAGCAGUUGUCAUUUGAAGAUGUUUUUGUCAUCAACGAAGACGUAAUGUGGUGACACUAUAAUAUAUUUGCACCUGCAGAGUACCUACUUAACAAACAGGUAAUAUGUGGACUCCUGUAACGUUUACAAGCGACAAUAGCGUUCCACCAUCAAGAUCCAAGCACAGCGCUGCUGUUCAUGGUAACCACAUUUAUGUGGUUGGCGGUCGAAAUGGCAAUUGGCCCCUGAAAGACAUAUGGAGAUACGCCCUGUCAAAUAACACCUGGGAACAGUUGCACCCGACAGGAGAUUCAUUGCAAAAUUUGCAAGAACAUACAGCAGUCGUUUAUCAAGACAAGGUAUACGUUUUCGGUGGAGAAGUGGGGUUUUCGUCUGCCUCUGAGUCUCCACUAUGGUCCUACAGUAUUAAGGAUAAUCAAUGGAAAAAAGUCAAAGGAAAAUCCGGUUCAAAUGUACCAAAAGGCAGAAGAGGUCAUACUGCGUUAGUAUAUAGAAAUUCAAUGAUUAUUUAUGGAGGAUAUAGAGACCUAAAAGGAUCCACGAAUGAAAUGUGGGCUUUCCACUUCGAUACCGAGUCAUGGCAUUUACUUUCUCAAGGAAGAGUACUACCACCAGCGAGACACAAACAUUCAGCAAUCAUACACGACGAUGUAAUGUGGGUUUAUGGUGGAAUGACAGAUUUACACGAAAGAUCAGAUUUGUGGAGAUUUGAUUUUGUGAAGAAAAAAUGGAGUAUCUUGAAGACCAAAGUAAAUCCAGGUUUAUUGCAUGGCCACUGUGCUUCCAAAGUGAUGGGUUCUAUGAUUAUUUUUGGUGGAAAAAAAGGAGGGCAGAUUAGUAAUGAUUUGUGGAAAUUUUAUUUCGCUACCGAGACUUGGGAAAAAGUGCACACUACCUAUCCGCAGCCCCCGGCGAUCUGCGAGGCCGUGACGCUGACGGUGUUGGAAACGACGUCGACGUCGACGACCAAGAGCAGCCGUGAAAACGGCGUACAGUCACCCAUCGUGGUUCGGCGGUCCAGGAGCGGCCGGUCCGCGGACAGGCAACAGCAGAGCAGCAGCGGUGACCGGGAUAACGGCGGCCACCUGCAUCAGUGGCACCACCAGUGCCGGUCUGAGUCCCGGGCAUCGUCUUUGGGCGGCUCGAACGUGAACAUUCUGAAAGAAAUAUCGAAACUUUCGCAACUCAACUUGUACCGUCUGGCGCACAACAAGACCUACAGCGUUCUGAGCAGCACGGACAGCGUGGUGUCCGCCGACGCUUCACACGUGCAGCAGCAACAGCAGAACAUGGUUAAGUCGCAGUCAGCUAACGUUAUCGCCCGGUCGCUGAUAUCGCCGGUGGUGUCGAACGCGUCGCCGCCCGGCUACAAGUCGUCGUUCCCGCCGUGCAGGAUGCCCCGGGACCCCAUGUCCGUGCCCAAUUUUGGGGUGGCCCUGACCCCGGUCGAGGCCACCAAGCUCGUGUACCUGGAGGGCGAGGAGGCGCCGAGCCCACGCGUCGAGUUCGAUCACGAUUUUGGGUCCGUACACAUGCGGUUCCACCCCAACGGGCCGCUGUCGUCCGGGUCGUCGACGCUCAACAAGACGCUCAACCGGCGCAGCUACCCGAUGACCAGUUCCGCGUCCGCCCGGUUCGGCAACCCGUACAGCACUCCCGAGGAACCGGGCGAGAUCACUUCCGGUUACGUCAGCAUCGAGACAGUGCACCAGUCGCCCAACAGUGGUGACGGGCCCAUGUGCUUCUCCAACCCCAACUACAUGGUGGCCGACAUACAGAACGCCAUAUCCAAAGGUGAUUACGUCAAACUCAACAGUCCGCCGGACAGCCUGCUGGAGGACAGCGACAACGCGUUCGAAAUGCGCGACAUGAACCGUCCGGCGCCGCCCAAGACUUUGGCGCUAAACUCGUCGACGGCGUUCAACUCGAGUUCGGACGUCCGGUCGUCGACGAAAGCGACGCGGGCCGCGAGCGCUGGACGCGCGUCGGCGAUGGGUCGCGGCGGCGGUGGUGGCGGUGCAGUCGUCGAGCAUCAUCAAGUCAAAGAGUACGCGGUGUACCUUUUGGGCGGCAUGGAACGCGACGGUUCCGUGACCGUGUUCAAAAAGCCCAUGGCCGUGUGGAAGCUCAGCAUGUUCUUCAGAAACGUGCAGUGACGAUGCUAAUGUAAAAUAAUGUGUAACGGUGGGGUGGGCGUUGUGUGGAGGGGGGUGGGGGGUGGGGAUUAUGUAAAGUGUACCUUCUGUCCGCGUCGUCAUUAAUUCGUUAUUAUUGGCGUUUAUCGACUGGAGGUAUACCUACUAUUUACUUUGUAUAGUAGGUGUAUAUUAUUAUAAUAUGAUAGGUAUGACGGAUACGAGCACGAUAACUCGCGACCUACCGCGAACACGGUAACGGGACCGUGCAAAAAAACCUGCAACCGCCGUGGACUGUGGUCAGUGGUUUUUACUUCCUGAACAAAUGCGACUUGCGUCGUGUGACUUAUAGCGUUUUUAGGUAUAUUACUUAUAUUGUAGCGUAUUAAUUACCUAAUUGUAUUAUUAUUUAUUAUGUAUUAUUUAUUACUAUUAUAUCAUCGUUGACGCGAAGUUUCUCGUAUGAUUUUCUUUCUUAACGACGUUAUGACAGUACAUUAUUACGUCCGUAUAUCAUAAUAUUAAAUUGUUUUCCACAAAUCGUUAUCUGCAACGUUCGUGCGUGGGUAAAAGUAAUUGCAUAAAGUGGAUUUUGUCCGUCCGACGUCACAGCGUCCGUCCGUCGACAGACACGACUCCAAUGUAGGUAAGGAACUUAGACGAAUACUCUACGAACCGAUUCACAUGAUUUAACAAUAAUUAAUUAAUACCCUAGGGAUUUAUCUUUUUCAAUAUACACUGUUACGAUACCAUGUAAUAUUAAUAAAUUGUUUACGAGUAUGUCUGCAGUGUACAUAUAAAUAUACCGCAUCUGUAAUGAGACAGAUAUAGGUAAUAGGUAAAUAUGUAAUGAGCGUGAUUUUCACAUACUAAUGAAAUGUGCCAAAAAUCAAAAUAUUGACUAUAAUUAUUUUAUUUUGUUAAGAACAAUUAUUAAGUUGAUUAAAAUAUCUUCCGUAAGUAUAGGUACCUAUACUAAUAAUUAAUAGAACCCAUGUGCCAUUCGACGUAUUUCUGUCGAUAUAUCUAAUAUUAUAUUUUAUGUCGAAGUCCAGUUUUAAAAUCCUUUUUGUACUUUUUUCUUUCUAAACAGUGACUGAAAUCCUGCCAUGUUUAUCGUUCGUAUUGAUUAAAAACAUAAUAUUUUUUAACCAUGUUGUCGAGUUUAAAAUUAUCUCUCGUUAUUCAAGUGGUAGAAUGGAAUGGAGUGUGUAUAAUAUCAUAUUAUAUUAUGGUGAUAUUCACUCGAUUAAAAUAUUACACCAAGAUGUUCACACGAUUUAAAUUCUAUUGUAGUAUAUCUAUACUGUUUUCCGAGCCAAAUUCGAAAUUUGUAUUCAAGUAUUUACUGUAAUUUGUGUAAUAUUAAUUAAUUAAAAAAUAAUAUAUAAAUAACAAAUAAAAGUAACAAAUAUAACAAAUUUAUUGGAUUUCAAAUAAUAUUCACAUAUAAAUAAAUCAUUCUAGUCGUAUUUAAAAUAUUUUUUAUAGUGUAUACUAUUAUUGAUUAGAAACUAUUUUCCAGUUUCUGACUAAAAAUCUACAAUCAUAAGGAUUGUUAAAUGUUUUUAAUUUUUAUGCAUACUAUAAUGUAGCAUUUAUGUUUUGAACAAAAUAUUUUAUCAACUCACUUUCUUACCUACUGGUUAGUGGUGAUCCAUUGAUUGAUAGGCCUUAUAGUUUUUAAGAAAAUUAAAUUAUUCAUUUUUGUUUCAUUCGGUUAUAUUUUUGUUGUUUUUUAAAAAUUGAAAAUACAUUUUAAUGGAAAUAAUUGAUGUUUUAUAUUUAUAAAACAAAUAUUUAAUUACUUUCACGACUUUAUAAUUAUUAAAAAUAUAUUACGAUUAAUAUUAUCAAGUUUGAUUUUGCAUACUAUUUUUUUUUUUUUUUUUGUAAUUGUAUAUUUAAUUUAAUAUUAUUCCUCAUGCGAUAUACUGCCUAAAUAGAACGAAACAUCAAAACUAUAUAUCUACGUAAUAUUACCAAUUUUUAUUAUUAUUAUUUUUUGUGUUGUUUGUGCAAUAUCAUAUUUAUUAUUAUCUUUAAAAAGUGCAAUAUUAAAAUAUAAUUUGUGAUCGAUGACGUACAUAGCUAGGUAGACAACAAAUGUAUAAGUACUAUAAACGCAAAAUGUUUAUAUUGACUAUAAUAAUUAUAGAUUGAACUAUUUUUUUAUAUGUUUACCAACAAUCUAUAUAUAUGUGUACAGAUAUAUUAUGUAGUAUCUAUGCACAACAAUAAUCAAUCUGCGUACUUACUGAUUUUUACCUAGCUUAUCAAAGUAGUGAACCGUUUAUAUAGAAUAUAGAUAUUUUACAUUGAAUUUGAUGUUUUAAGUUUUUAUUAUAUUUGUUUAUUAUUUUAAUGAUCUUAAAAUUUUUACUAACUACCAAUAUUAUAUUAUUUACUUUAGAUUACCAAAAUAUGAGUGCAAUAUAAAUAUAUAGUUUUUAUACUUUUUCAACACUUUAUACGUUAAAAAAAUUGUCUAAACAUUUAUUAUAGGCAAAGUAAAUAUUGUUAAUUUAUUGUUUGAUUAAAUAUUAAGGUAAUUUAUAUCAUAUUAUUAUGUCCAUGAGAGUGAGUAAAUUAGUAUAUAAAGUAAUGAUUAUGAAAACCAUAAUUAUUCGUAUUUUUUUUAAGUGCAAAAAUAUUGUUUGUUUGUUUUAUUUAGUUUGAACAUUUUUUAAAGACUAUGCCAUUGUACGUAUAAAUAGAUGCCCAAAGACCAAGGUGAUAUAUAAUAUUAUUAUAUCCAUAUGAUACAUAUUUAUCAACAUUUUAAAUGACAUUUUUUAUUUUAAUGAACUUGAUCAAAGCCAUAAAUUACAAAUUAUAAUUCUUAAAUGAAAAUUGAUAACGUUUUUUACAUCGAGACACGAUUUUUAGUGAGCUACAUAAUAUAAUAAAUAUGUCACUAUCGCUCUGGUCUGUGGGCAACCUUAUGCGAUAUAUUCAUAAUGUUGUGAUAAAUUAGUAAUUAAGUAACUAUUUACCCAAAAAAAGUUUUUUUGUGUUUUUUCAUAUUGUGUUAUUUUAAAUAAACAUCGUUUAUUGGUAAUAAAUAAAUUAUACAACUUUACAACUACAA